GCCCCGCCCGAGCCCGCCCGGGCCCGCCCCGGGGCUGGCGGCGCCUGCGCGGGGCCGAUCCCGGAGCGAGCGGGGCCGGUCCCGGAGCGAGCGGGGCCGUGCGGAGCCGUCCCGGCCAUGGAGGCGGCGCGGCGCUGCCCGCUGUGGCUGCCCGGCCUGGCGCUGCUGUGGGGCCGCGCCGUGGCGGGGCUGGAGCAGAUCCGCACCACGGUUCCGCCGCCGCCGGCGCAGGCAUGUUCAGAAUUUUCCCAGAAGUCCUGUGAAGAAUGUCUAAAAAAUGUUUCGUGCCUUUGGUGUUACACCAACAACACAUGUAUCGAUUACCCUGUAAGAAGUAUUUUUCCACCAUCUUCAUUGUGUUCUCUCUCAAAUGCUCGAUGGGGAGUUUGCUGGAUAAACUUUGAGGCUUUAAUUAUUGCCAUGGCUGUGGUAGCUGGACUCAUUCUGGUGUCCAUAACAGUCUGUUGCUGUUACUGCUGUUACUGCAGAAGGCGUUCCAGGAGACUAGAUGAUGAAGAGGAGCAGCUCGCUAGGAAGAGAGAGGAACGAAGACUACAGUCUCUUCAGAGGAAACAUGAAAGAAAACUGAAGCAUGAUGAAAUACGUAAGAAGUAUGGUCUUCUUCAGGAUUCUGAUAACCCUUACAGCAGAUUUGAGAAUGAAUAAAGAUGAGCGCCUUCCACAAGAACUGUAACUCCAGAAUCCAAGAAGACAGUUUGUUUUCAUUUGCCCUUUGUUCUCUUUGCUUUUGUUUUUUUCUCUCCAAAGUGUUUUUUCCUGGUUAUAAAACUAAAAGCAGGUAAUGACUGUCUGAAAUAACAUGUUUCUAUCUCCUAUGUGUAUAGAACUAAUUUUUUAUAAAUGGUUUUUGUUGUUGAAAUGUUCACUGAAGUUUGUUGGUUAUCUUCCUCUUCUUAGAUCUAUAUUUUAUUAUUUGAUUUAGAUGGUUAAUAGUCACAAUAGUGUGUUUGAGUUCAGUCUUAACUGCCACUUAAAGUAGUUGUUCUCAUGUUAUUCUCUCUUCCUAGAUAAAGAGAUUUUACAUAUAUAUAUAAAAGAAAAAGCAACGUGUAAGCACAGCUCCACAUAGCAGAAAUAGCUGGUGAAAAAUACAUCAUGCUCAUUCUUGUGGGUGGAGGGGUUUUUUGCCUGGAAAAAGCUCUUCCAAGAGUGUAAUGUGUAAGGGUUGCCAGAGAGGAGCAUAGUUGCUUUUGAAUAAUGACAUUCAGUUGUGGGAAUGUUAAUAUGUACUUUGGUUAUAGCACUGAUGUGAAAAAGAAACCAGUUAGCAAAAUAGGAAGAAGGUCAGUCUUGAAACAAACAUAGUUAUGUGUUCCUAAAUUUAUGAGACAUCAAUCUGUGUGAACACUUUCUUCUGCAAAGUUAAUAUAUAUUGAAAAAGAAAAGUCCAAAGUUGCCCAGAUUCUGCAGUUCACCAGGGCUGGCCCUGGCCAGCAGCUUGAGCACUGCCCAGCUGCUUCCUCCCUCCCUCAGCACCAGGUGGGAGAGAACAGGAACAGCAAAGAGUUGAGAUAAAGGCACAGUAAGUGAAGGAAAGGAGGGUAGUGGGAACAAAUUCUGCUAAGGCAAUUGCCACCUCCCAGAAGCAGACAUUUGCCCAGUCCCCCCUCCAUUUUUCUUGGUGAGGCUGGAAUAGGGUCAGUUUAGGUCAGUUCUGGGCAACAGUGCCAGCUGUGUCCUCUCCCACUUCUUGCUCGCCCCUGGCCCAGUUGCUAGAGCAGGCAUAGUGGGGGGAAAAUGAAACCUUGAUGCUGUGCAAGCAAUGCUCAGCAAAAGCCAAAGCACUGGUGUGUUACCAGCACUGUUCUUGCCACAAAUCCAAAGCAAAGCAGCACUGUAAGGGCUGCUGUGAAUAAAGUUACCUCAGUCGCUGCCAGACCCAGUACAGUAACAAGGCAGUAUUUUUUUUAACCUUUUAUUGUUCUUUUGGUAUUUUCCAUAAUGUGAUUUACUUCCUUUCUUUCUUUUCAUAGAAGUGUUUCCUUGAGCACUUUUAGUAGCUUACCAUUAUGAAGUGACAAGCAAAGAACUCUUCUGUGCCCCCAGUCUGAUUGUAUGUUCCCAUUUAUUCUGCACAUUUUAAAUCACCUCCCUUGCUGUUUAUUGUCUGUUAAACAAAUGUACAGUAUUGAAGAUGUUUGUAUCAUUUUUGUCCACAUUCCUAAAAUACACUCUUUAACAUCUUGAAUAUGAUUCUGUUUGCUUCUGUUGUUCCAUACCAUUUUAAAUUAACUUUGUUUAAAAGAAGCUACCAAGUAUGACUUUGGAGAAGGAAAAAGGUGCAUUUUUGCCAGUUUUCUGUGGCAGGAAUUAGAUCAUGCCUGUGGGUGAGGAUGUGAAUUACCAUUCCUUGCAGUGUCAAAGAACCUGCCUCUGCUUAGGUUUGGUAAAUAACACUUAUCACUGGUUUUGGUACAGUGUUCUUUCACUGGCUUUACCUCUGCAAACUGUUUCUCUGUAGAGUUUCGCAGGAAUUUAUAUAAAAAUAGGUUUCUCACUUUCUGAAUCUGUAUUGUAACUUGUGUUAAUGAAAUACUGGUCUGUUUUUUCUUUGUCCUUUUUUAACUCAUAUUUAGCGCUUUAUUAGUAGGCACUGUGUUUAAUUUCGUGUUUCUUUAUCUGUCAGCCAUUGUCAAAUGUGAAGUAUUAUUCAAAUGCCUGUCUUAGAAGAAUGAUGGUCUGUGAUAAGAGUGAGUUGCUAGUGUGGAAAUGAAACAUGCUGAUGGUUUUCCCUGGAGAUAACUUUCGCAAAAAUGAUGAAGGUCUGUCUGCUGUCUCACAACCAAGUAGUGACAUUCCUGACUUAAUAGAAAAGCAUUUUUCUUCAGCACCUGCUACAAUGCACGAAGGGCUGUCAUGUAUUUUAUCUAAAAGGGGAGGAGGGACAACCUUUCUUACCAUUUCAAAGAUGGUAAAGUACUUGGAGAACCAAAAUAUUAUGAGAAAAGGGAACAGGAGAAUUGACAUUCCUAAAUCUCAGUUGUGGACAUAAAAAGGUAAUGACUGUGGUCAAAUUUACCUUAUGUUAAGCCUUAACUUUAGUCUGUAGUUUAUACAAAAUGUUAAGCGGGACAUCAAAUAGGGUAUAUUUUUGCUUACACAGUCAAGACUAUUAAUUUAAUGAGACUAUUAUGGACACCAGCCUUGGAGCUUAAAGGAAAAUGCAAAAAUCCUCACAAAAUCCCCAGACUUUUCAGAUUAUUUAACCUUUCUUUUCUGUGUUCAUUGGAGCAAAUAAUUGGAUGGAAAAUACCCUUAUUUCAUUAUAUUAAUUACCUUCUCUGCUCUCUGUAUGUCACUUUUUCUUACUUCGGCUUGCCACAAGAAGGGUUUCUUGCCUUUGUAUUUCAGUGUAGCCACAAGUAAUUGGGAAAACAGCUGUAGAAAGUGUUAUUGUUGUGUCUUUGUUUCUCAGGUGUAUGAAUAAAGGCAUUUAUCAUCUUA